CUUUUGUAAACAAAAACAACAGAUUGAGCGAUCGAACAAAAUAUGUAAAUAUUGGGCAUUUUUAAAAACAAAAUCACCGGUUUUUGUGGGUUUUUAUGAAACGAUCUUUCUAAAAAACAAUCUAACAUGCUGAGAACUGUAUUUAGGACAGCUGCUUGCAUUCUGAAUGUUGGAAAAGGGCAAAGUAUCGCGCAUUUUAGUACGAAGUCAGCACCAUCCCGCAUGCAGGCAUGGUGCUUAUAUCACUAUGGUGAAAACAAUAUACCAAUUUUGGACGAUGUGGACGUUCAAACCUCUUUAAAACCUAACGAAGUUUUAGUGCAAGUCAAAGCAGCUUCGUUGAAUCCGAUCGAUGCCUUGAUGACAGAGGGAUUCGGCUCUGUUCUGCUUAAAAGUUUGAAGAAGUUUAAUAAAUCAGAGUUGGCGGAGUUUCCAGUGAUCCUGGGGCGAGAUUUUUCUGGCGUGGUGGUCAAGAGAGGUGCACAGGCGACCAGAGUCAGAGAGGGUGAUGAGGUACGUUGAGGCAUAGGGAGUGUGAUAACUGUACAAUAUCCCACCACACCAAACUCCACUUUGUUAUGCACCAGUCAAAGUAAAUCCCCCCUCCCCCAACAGGGGAGGGGUGCAGGGGAGGGGUGGGGGAUUUAGCGGGGACAAGUUGUUGACGAGUUGUUGGAACAGCGUUGCUACAAUUUGUUAACAAGCUUGCUACAAGCCUGUUGAGAACACAUCUUCUUGACAAGUUGUUGGAACAGCAUUGUCACAACUUGUUAACAAGCUUGCUACACACGUAAAAACGCACAAGUUGUAACAAGUCAGCACUCUGCAAACAAGUUGUUAUACGUCUGUUCACAAGCUGUCCAACAAGUUCUGCUCUCACUGCUUGUUCCCAGUUUGUUGUAACAAGUUUGAAACAAGCUGUUAACAACUUGUAACAACCUUGAUGGCAUUAUCAGCCUUGUUACAAGAUUGUGCUAACAAGUUUGUUACAGCCAUGAUAUAACAAGGAUGUUACAAGGUUGUCAACACAAGGUCGUAACAAUCUUACAUCAAGCAUGUCACAGACUUGUCAGAACAACCUUGCAACAAGUCUGAUAAUUUCGACAAGGUUGUUACAAGUUGUCAACAAGUUGUUCCAAACCUGUUGCCAACUUGUGACAAGCAGUGCAAAUACAUCUCGCUAACAGCUUGUGAACAAACUUGUAACAAGCCUGUUGAAGAGACAUCUUGUUGACAAGUUGUUGGAACAGCAUUGUCACAACUUGUUAUCAAGUUUGCUACAAACCUAUUGAAAAUACAUAUUGUUGACAAGUUGUUAGAACAGCAUUGUUACAACUUGUUAAUUAACAGGUUUGCUACAAGCCUGUUGAGGGAUAAUCUUGUUGACAAGUUGUUGGAACAGCAUUGUCACAACUUGUUAACAAGCUUGCUACAAGCCUGUUGAGAACACAAUCUUGUUGACAAGUUGUUGGCACAGCAUUGUCACAACUUGUUAUCAAGCUUGCUACAAGUCUGUUGAUGAGACAUCUUGUUGACAAGUUGUUGGAACAGCAUUGUCACAACUUGAUAACAAGCUUCCUACAAGCCUGUUGAGGAGACAUCUUGUUGACAAGUGGUUGAAACAGCAUUGUCACAACUUGUUAACAAGCUUGCUACAAGCCUGUUGAGGAGACAUCUUGUUGACAAGUUGUUGGAACAGCAUUGUCACAACUUGUUAACAAGCUUGCUACAAGCCUGUUGAAGAGGCAUCUUGUUGGCAAGUUGUUGGAACAGCGUUGUCACAACUUGUUAACAAGCUUGCUACAAGCCUGCUGAGGAGAUAUCUUGUUGACAAGUUGUUGGAACAGCAUUGUCACAACUUGUUAACAAGCUUGCUACAAGCCUGUUGAGGAGACAUCUUGUUGACAAGUUGUUGGAACAGCAUUGACACAACUUGUUAACAAGCUUGCUACAAGCCUGUUGAGGAGACAUCUUGUUGACAAAUUGUUGGAACAGCAUUAUCACAACUUGUUAACAAGCUUGCUAUACAAGCCUGUUGAGGAGACAUCUUGUUAACAAGUUGUUGGAACAGCAUUGUCACAACUUGUUAACAAGCUUGCUACAAGCCUGUUGAGGAGACAUCUUGUUGACAAGUUGUUGGAACAGCAUUGUCACAACUUGUUAACAAGCUUGCUACAAGCCUGUUGAGGAGACAUCUUGUUGACAAAUUGUUGGAACAGUAUUGUCACAACUUGUUAACAAGCUUGCUAUACAAGCCUGUUGAGGAGACAUCUUGUUGACAAGUUGUUGGAACAGCAUUGUCACAACUUGUUAACAAGCUUGCUACAAGCCUGUUGAGGAGACAUCUUGUUGACAAGUUGUUGGAACAGUAUUGUCACAACUUGUUAACAAACUUGCUACAAGCCUGUUGAGGAGACAUCUUGUUGACAAGCUGUUGGAACAGCAUUGUCACAACUUGUUAACAAGCUUGCUACAGCCUGUUGAGGGACAGCUUGUUGAUAAGUUAUUGGAACAGCAUUGUAAAAACUUGUUAACAAGUUUUCUACAAACCUGUUGCAGAUACAUCUUGUUGAUAAGUUAUUGGAACUGCAUUGUCACAAUGCUACAAGCCUGUUGAGGAGACAUCUUGUUAACAAGUUGUUGGAACAGCAUUAUCUGAACUUGUUAAUUAUCAAGCUUGCUACAAACUUGUUGCGAAAAAUCUUGUUGACAAGUUGUUGGAACAGCAUUGUCACAACUUGUUAACAAGCUUGCUACAAGCCUGUUGAGAACACAUCUUCUUGACAAGUUGUUGGCACAGCAUUGUCACAACUUGUUAUCAAGCUUGCUACAAGUCUGUUGAUGAGACAUCUUGUUGACAAGUUGUUGGAACAGCAUUGUCGCAACUUGUUAACAAGCUUGCUACAAGCCUGUUGAGGAGACAUCUUGUUGACAAGUUGUUGGAACAGUAUUGUCACAACUUGUUAACAAGCUUGCUACAAGCCUGUUGAGGAGACAUCUUGUUGACAAGUUGUUGGAACAGCAUUGUCACAACUUGUUAACAAGCUUGCUACAAGACUGUUGAGGAGACAUCUUGUUGACAAGUUGUUGGAACAGCAUUGUCACAACUUGUUAACAAGCUUGCUACAAGACUGUUGAGGAGACAUCUUGUUGACAAGUUGUUGGAACAGCAUUGUCACAACUUGUUAACAAGCUUGCUACAAGCCUGUUGAGGAGACAUCUUGUUGACAAGUUGUUGGAACAGUAUUGUCACAACUUGUUAACAAGCUUGCUAUACAAGCCUGUUGAGGAGACAUCUUGUUGACAAGUUGUUGGAACAGUAUUGUCACAACUUGUUAACAAGCUUGCUACAAGCCUGUUGAAGAGACAUCUUGUUGGCAAGUUGUUGGAACAGCGUUGUCACAACUUGUUAACAAGCUUGCUACAAGCCUGUUGAGGAGAUAUCUUGUUGACAAGUUGUUGGAACAGCAUUGUCACAACUUGUUAACAAGCUUGUUACAAGCCUGUUGAGGAGACAUCUUGUUGACAAGUUGUUGGAACAGCACUGUCACAACUUGUUAACAAGCUUGGUACAAGCCUGUUUAGGAGACAUCUUGUUGACAAGUUGUUGGAACAGCGUUGUUCACAACUUGUUAACAAGCUUGCUACAAGCCUGUUGAAGAGACAUCUUGUUGGCAAGUUGUUGGAACAGCAUUGACACAACUUGUUAACAAGCUUGCUACAAGCCUGUUGAGGAGACAUCUUGUUGACAAAUUGUUGGAACAGCAUUGUCACAACUUGUUAACAAGCUUGCUACAAGCCUGUUGAGGAGACAUCUUGUUGACAAGUUGUUGGAACAGCAUUGUCACAACUUGUUAACAAGCUUGCUACAGCCUGUUGAGGGACAGCUUGUUGAUAAAUUAUUGGAACAGCAUUGUAAAAACUUGUUAACAAGUUUGCUACAAACCUGUUGCAGAUACAUCUUGUUGAUAAGUUAUUGGAACUGCAUUGUCACAAUGCUACAAGCCUGUUGAGGAGACAUCUUGUUAACAAGUUGUUGGAACAGCAUUAUCUGAACUUGUUAAUUAUCAAGCUUGCUACAAACUUGUUGCGAAAAAUCUUGUUGACAAGUUGUUUGGAACAGCAUUGUCACAACUUGUUAACAAGUUUGCUACAAACCUGUUGAGGGGACAUCUUGUUGACAACUUGUUGGAACAGCAUUGUCACAACUUCGUAAUGAACUAGAAGCCUGUUGACGGGACAUCUUGUUGGCAAGUUGUUGGAACAGCAUUGUCACAAUUUUCAUGUCCAACUUGCUCUGAGGGCAAGUGGUCAAAAAAGUAGAGUUACACCACUGUUGUCACACAAAUAUCAUUGUAACAAAAAAGAGAAUGAAGAAUAUAUAAAACGAUCUUGUAUUCCCACUUGAAAUGAUCAGAUUUGUUUACUAGGUUUGGGGAACACCUGCCGUUUGGAGACAUGGUGCUUUUGCUCAAUAUUGUUGUGUUGGACAAGAUGAGGUAACAAAAAUUUUGAGUUGUCCUAAACUUUUUUGGAAAAUGAAAGUUAUUCUACAUGGAGUAAUAGACAACUUGCAUGUUAGACGAAUUUUUUAUCUAGGCAAGAAAAAGUAAAUUCCCGUAAAGAACUUAGUAAAAUUAGUAAAAUUGCAAAAUUUGGUUACGAAAUAUUGUAAAAUACGGAAAAUAUAGCCUUGCGAGGUUUGCAUAUUUUGUAUAUGUUUGUAUUACGUGCGGAAAUUGUUACCAUUUUUGAGCCGAAAAUGGUAACAAUUUCCGCACGAAAUACAAACGGAUACAAAUUUGCAACACUAUAUUUUCCAAACUUUACAACAUUUCACAACCCAAUUUUGCAAUUUUACUAAUUUUAUCAGUUAUGUUCUUUUUAGCUGUGGUGUUUGAUUCCCUUCUUUUUACUUAGAUUGAAAUUUAGUCUAACAUGCCAGUUGUCCAUUCCCUUACAAAAAAGUCUUAUAUAAGCCUGGCCUACAGGCUCCUAUAGGUUGCUAUUGGAAACCAAUAGGUUUUUAUAGACAUUUGGAACAUUUUCUGUAUAGGGAUAUCUAUAGAAAUCUGUAGGUGCCUAUAUGUUUCUAUAGGGAAUUGGAAAAUUUCCUGUAGGCGCUGGUAGGCCACCUAUUAAACUUUUUUAAUAAGGGAAAUUAAUUUCUUUUUUGCCUUGUCCUAUUUUAGUUGGCACUGAAGCCUAAAAAGUUGAAUCAUAUUGAAGCAGCUUCACUUGCUUACGUUCACCUCACAAUGUGGUCAGCAUUAUGUGACUCUGGUGGCUUGACUGAAGAAAAUGCUAAAAACAAGAGGUGCAUAUUAAUAUAACUAGUAUGCGAAUGUCUGAAAAAUAUUUUUAAAAUUGUUUGACUUGUUUGUUUACGGCAACAAUUUUAUAAUUGCAGAGUUUUCAUUGUCGGAGGUAGCGGGGGUGUUGGUAACAUUGGAAUUCAGGUUUGUACAUAGAUAAUGGUUGUUUGACAGUCCAUGUUUGGUCAUGCGGUCAGGGGCCGCCCAUCUAGAUCAACGACAAGCCAGUUCACCAUCCAGUGUUGCUUGGCGUGCCAAUCAGGCCAAAUAAUUAAAAUACCUGGGUUUUCCGACCCUUAUAAUAUGUACCUGGCAAUUUUGGUCACUCAAAUCACCGACCAUAAUCGUUUUAUCUGAAGUUUGCAAAGAGCCUGGAGCAAUUUUUCAUACCCGGUUCGUGGCGUUAGUUUUGUGCCAGCUAAUUAUAAAGUAACCUGUUUGUUUCAAAGUUGAUAUAACGAAUGUUUCCAUGAUGUGCCAUGCAUCUGUGCUGGCAGGGUAUGCUAUCAAGCUACUUUACACUGUAUUUUGCAAAUAUUUCGUUGCAGGUCAUGAAAGAGUGGGGAGCGCAUGUUACGACCUCCUGUAGUACAGACGCGGUUGAAUUAGUAAAGAGACUGGGCGCUGAUGACGUCAUCGAUUACAAAAGCGAAGAUGUUGCCAAAAGAAUAAAGAGUGAGCCUAGGUAUGAUGUCAUACUCGAUUCGGUUGGUGGACAACUAGAAUAUUUCACAAACAAUGCGGGGAGGUCGUGCAGCAAAUCUACCUAUGUGACAUUGAUGCCUCCGAUGUUGGAUAUCAUCGAUGAAUCUGGCCUCGCUCUUGGUUCUUUAAGAUCUGCUGGAACGUUCUUUGCUAUGGCAUUAAGACAGGUGAGUUUGUAUAGAAUCGAGGUAAUGGUGUCUUUCACACGUAAAAAUCUCACAACUUGUCAACAAUGUGUUCGAAACAGCCUUGUAGCAAGCUUGUCAACAAGUUGUAACAAUGCUGUUAUUUUAUCAACUUGCUGCAAGGUUGUCACUCACAACUUGUUGACAAGUUGUUGAAUAGUACGACGAUAACAAGUUGUUGGAAGAACUUGUAGCAAGUCUGUUGAGCUCAACAACCUUGUAGCAAAUUGCCAACAAGGCGUUUACAACUUGUCAACAAACUGGGAACAAGCAGUGGGAACACAUCCUCAGGGUGCGAUAAUUCGCGUACCAACGUACCGGAGGUACGCCAAACUUAUGGUCUGGUACUUCUUUGUUUUUAGACAAGUACCACAUAGGUACGCGGAAAUUUGCUAUUCGCGUACUUACAUUUUCCUUCUAGCAAUAACUAGCAAAUCUGCCAAAGUAUUCCGUGAAGAACUUUAGCUGUACAUGUAAAUUCCGUGAAGAACUUUAGCUGUACAUGUAAAUUCCACGCAUCCGACAUAUUUUGGGAUGAAAAAGCCAAAAGGUUAUCUUUGCCCUUGAUCAAAAAAUUUAUCGUCAUCGUCCGACUGGAAAAAAAUCGCUCCGGUGAGCGAUUUUAAAAUCGUUAUCGUCAAAUGCCGAUAAUUUUAUCGUUUUCGUUGCAGUGUAGACACCAACAUAAUUUUAUUGACCAAUCAUCGCGUGUUUACAAGUUAUCGUAUCGUUAUCGUUGUGUGGGGUGUCCUGGGCUUAAUUGUCAAUGCUAUAGCAAGGCCUAAAAAAAUACCUGUGGUUCCGGUUCCCGACCGACCCUAUUUUUUUCUGCUCACCCUAUUAUUUUUUUCAACAAGAUUGACCGUGCGACCCUAUUUUCUCCGGGUGGUUGCGGGCUGCUCGCACAGCGUGCCAAAAUGGCGUCUGUUGUCACAAUAUCAUGUCGGGACUUUACCGGAAAAUCGCCCAGCAAAAAAACGCCAAAACCAUGAAAAAAUAUUCAAAAAAUUUUUUAUUUCCGACCUAGCUACCCUAAUUUUUUCGCGAUAUGAAACCGGAACCACAGGUUUUUUUAGGUCCAAUGAGGAAAACUACACUGUAUGUAGCUAAGGUCAGACUGUUACCACCCUCAGCUCGCCCUCGGUAAAUCCACUGUAAAUAAGCGAUGGCAUUCGAGUCACACCGUCGACGCUUUGAAAACUGUUAUAUUAUGUUGUACAUGCAAAUACCAUAAUUAAAGAUUCAUUUAUACAAAAUUGCCCAUACAUUUUUUGCUUUUGGACCAGUAAACUAUACGUAGGUAUAAAAAACGCAUGACUCGGAAGUAGUCUUAGGUACGUCUUUAAGUUUGUACCAGAUCAGGUACGCGGCAAAAGUUGUCGGAGUACCAGUCAGGUACGGCUAAAAAUAUUGAAUUAUCGCACCCUGCAUCCUGUUGACAAGUUGUUGGAACAGCAUUGCUACAAGUCUGCUGAAGGCUUAUCACAACGUGUACGUUUUUACGUGUGUAGGAAUGUGUGCUUCCAGAUUAACUCUACGAUCAAGUACGACAUUGUAAUGACUUAUAAUUAUCUCAAUCCUUAGCGUCUCAAUUCAAAUAUCGACUACAAGUGGGGUUACUUUCGACCAAACAGUGUUGCCCUCAACUAUCUAGAAAGUCUAGUGAGCAAGGACAAGGUAAGAUAAAAAAAAUAUAAGUAAAAUAAUGCACCAAAUAUUGUCAGGUAAAGCUGGUUUCACGAUGGGCGUGUAAAACAACAUUAACAAAAGAUUUUAUUUUAAAUUAAUUUCCAAAUUGCCUUCAUAAUUUUAAAGAGGCCGUUCUGCUCAUGCACGUGUUUUGUUUUCAUUUUUUGUUUCAAACAAUAGAUAAUUUCUCUUUAAUUUUACCACUAAAUAUUGAAAUUUACCGCCAUUUUUGGGUACAGAUCGAAUGAAUAAUAGACACCUUAAGAUUCGCUCAAAUGCGGUUCGCCGUCUCUGAUUACGACGAAAGUCCAGUUUCCAAACUCAAGCCGUAAAGUUUAUAAAUUAAUUUUUAGGUUGUUCCAGUACUCGACAGUGUAUAUCCAUUCUCUGAUUUACCGAAAGCUAUUGAGAGACUUAACCAAGGACAUUUGCGUGGAAAAAUUGUUGUGAACUUCCAAGCGCCGUCAUGAAAAGUAAGAAAGACGUCUUCUUGCAAGAGAAUGGCUUGCAGGAAUCUUUUAAACAAGGCUGACAUUAAAAAUUCCAGAAUAUUAAAGACAGUUGAAAAGGACGCUUCUCGUACAGUGUGAUUCCGUGGUCUUGAACAUUUCAUUAGUGAGAUUUGUUUUUAUUUUUUAUAUCUGUAUAUAUGGAAUCUGUACAAGUCUGAUGCUCAGAUUAAAUAAAAAAUAAUUAUACUAAUUAGCCUGUAAUUGUGCUGGUAUUUCAGGAAUAGGGACAGUUGAGGCAACUCCCAAUGGACCAUUCCCCAAUUAACCAAAAUUUUCAUCUCAACAAGUCUAGACAAAAUUCCAUCAUAGCAUGAAAGAGCAUCACAAAAUUGGUAAUAUUCCAAAGUUUCGUUGCGAAAUGUUGUAAAAUGCGGAUAAUAUAGCCUUGCGAAGUUUGUAAUUUUCAGUCAUUUUGUAUUACGCACAGAAGUGGUA